GGCUGAUCCGCCGUCGAUCGAUCUUCGAGCAGCUUUUACCUUUUCUGAGACAGUUGUCUUCAAACUUUUAUAUUUACCGACGUAUACAGCUGAGAAGAUGGCAACUUUAGACAUGCAGGACUAUGUUGUGAGCCAGAGGAGAAGGAACAGCGCUCGCCUUGCUGCUGGAAUGUAUUCACAGCCAACCAAUGGAGUGCAGACGGUGGUAACAACGGACGAUGUACCGGAGGCGACGAGCGGCGGCCGCUCUUACGCCUUCUGGCUGCUGGUGGCUGUUGUGCUGCUGGUGGCCAUCUUUAACCUGCUCAUCACGCUGACGCUCAUCAGCGUGCUGCGCAUCUCCGUCGGCAUGGAGAGCGUUCAGGUUGUGAAAGGAGGAAUGGUACUGCCUGGAACGGUGGAUAUGGACCGCCUCUACAAGCCAGAUGGCUCCUUCCUGGGAUUUGCCGACGAUCCGAUGUCCAUCAACGGAGUCGGCGGAACGGUUGACCUCGUGGUGUCGGCCGGUGGCCGGGACGAUGCGGACGGCCCGCGACUCUCCCUGGCCGGCGCCGGCGUGCUGGUGCAGGGCGUGGCGCGCGCCGGCGUCUCCCAGGCCGGUGCCGUGCCCUUCUUUAACACCGCCUACCCCAACUUCGGCCUGCCGGCCGGCGUGCGCAGUCUGCGGGUGCAGGACGCGCGCACGCGCCGCGUCGUCAGCCCUGUCGACCGCUCGCUCAAGCUGCUCUCGUCGAAGCAGGCGCACCUCAAGGGCAGCGAGGGCACGCACGUCGACGGCAAGGAGAUCGUCUUUUCGGCCGACCAGGAGCUGCAUCUGAAGAGCGUCAACGGCAGCGUGGUGCUGAUGGGCGCCGACGGCGUGCGGCUGGACGUGCGCGGCAUCCCGUGGGCGCAGGGACGCAGCGUCAGCGACGGCACGCGCGCCGCCUACCGGCUGUGCGCCUGCAUGCCGGCCGGCCGCCUGUUCCGCCUGCCUGUGCCGCUCGACAACGGCGAUCGCGCGCCGGCCGAGCGCGUCACCUGCGCCAACGCCGCGCUGCACGGCGACAACAACCCGUGUGCCUGAGCGAGCCGGCUCGGCGCGCUCGACGUCCUCUCGCGGCCGCCAGCGACAGCGGUCUCCGCUGGGGAGAGGGCGCCGGUGCGGUGAGGGGCGGAGCUCCGCGUGGUCAGGGCGCGGCGGGACUGGUGCCGGGAGUGGGUGCGUUCGGGGCUUCCUGUAGAACUGGAGCAGCUUCGACCUGGGGUGUCUUCACACCAUGCGCUAUUUUGCCAUCGGGUGGGUGCUCAACAUGCUAAGGUUUUAACGCAUUUAAAGCGGAAGGGUAAUUCGACCAUCCAUCGAUUACGGAGAAGCACCCGGACCAUUACCGUUUCAAGACUUGCACCGUCUGUGAACAGUAUGGCGUACGGUGAUUUUCCAUUCGGUUUACAGUCAGCUGUUCGCGCGCAUUGCCCUUCUUAACAAAGUGACCUCUGUAGGCACGAUUUUGAGCUUCCUGUCAUAUUAUAAUCGGCGUCCGUUUCAUAAUAAGGGCCCAAGGUAAUACGUAAUGAGUCCCGAAACCCUUUCGUUGGUAAAGCAUGUUGGUGAAGCACCUUUGUGCGGCCGGGUGUUACUUCGUGACAUUCAUAACACGAGGCACCAUGCUUAGAAAUGUAGUGAUCACCCACGGCCCGCAUCUCCGUGUUGACCCUUGUUCUGCUUUGUCCGGAGUCUCCAAGGGUUUAACAUCAGGCUGAACUGAUCUCCCCGCGCCAGUUCCCUCGCCCGUUGUGGAGGCUGCCGGCACUGUCUGUCGCGGUCUGAAGCUUUAAUGGAGGUAGCUGUAAGCGGCAUGUAUGCUUCCGUGGUCGUCCUGACGGCUACGUUACCAUGCGAUCGGAUCCAUCACAGCUCACAGUCCCACUCUAAGCACGACCGUUCGUUCCAGGCGCAGCCGUAGGCUGAGUGGGUCCUCUUGAGCAAUGAAAAAAUUUCCAGCCUGAGCUGCCGACCCGGCCCGUUCACCACACUGUUAACAAGCUUAUAUCUCUGGAACCCCAUCUAACCUCCAUAAGCCUGUAAGAUGGGUGGUGAUAUACUGUUAUAUUGUGCUUCGAGACCAGGUAUGGCACCGUCAUAAGAUCACAACAGGGUUAGAACUGACCAUCUCCCAGUCGAUGUAUGCGGCCAGCGCACGUUUGGCGACCGAUUACGUCACCACGUGGUAACUACACUGCUGCAAUAUAUCAUCUACGGGAUAAUAAUUAUAUACGUGACAUUACCUUGCUCGGCCCAUGCGAAAGAAGGCGUAAUGGUUGUGUUUUUGUUGCCAUCCCUGUACGAGCCAGUUUUCCCCAAAGCUAGUCAACCCUAGUCACGACUUGUUCGUUGUGGACGUGUCCAGUUGCAGGAGUGUUGUGCGUUUUGUUCAGUGUGUCGGCCGUCGCCCGAAAGUCGUCUCAAUAUCGACGCGUGCUUGCGGAUAAUGUUAUCGCCAUAAUACCAUAACAUAAUGCC